AAAUCUUUUCAAUUUUGUUAGUCACCAAGUAGAAUAAAUCUAUAGUUAAAUACUUAGUGUGUGUCUGAAAUGUAAGGAUCUUGACUGCAACUGUCUUUAAUAUUAUUUAAAAAAAAAUUCUUUACUUUUUAUUCUAUUUCCUUACAUGGAAGCCAUUGCUUGCAUUUUGGAGCUUGUUUUAUAUGUGGAUUAAUCUACUUGUAUUCAAGCACCCCAUAUCUUCUGAGGAUUUAGAAAUAUAGUGUAUUUCGUAAUUUGGGAUAGUACUAGAUCUGAGUGUUCUAAAUUUUAUUUAUGGGAUGUAGGACUACUGGCUGCUUUCCAGUCUUUCACAGCAAGUAUAUAAUCAUUAAAAUCUAAUCCAGUUUAGUCUCCUGCCUAAAGCUAUGGCUGGAAUAGAAUGCUUCAGCUGAAGGCAAACAGUAGUACAUUGCCCUUUCCCCUCUAUAUACAGCAGAGUGCACCAAUUGUGGAUCACUGCAGCUAUCAGCUUAUGCUCUGAAGCAUGACAUUUGAUUAUCCUCAUUGGAGAUUGGUGAUUUAAUAAUUAGGGACUAAUUAUGUGGGGAAGGGCUGUCUUAUUUAAUUCAUGGCUUUAUUAGAGUCAGCAUGUCCUACCUCUAGUCAUUACUUCUUCUAGAUAGAAAUCUGACUGCUGUAUUCAGGGAGGGAAAACUAGUAUGGACUUUAUGUAUUUGUUUCAUAAUUGUCUUUUUACCAGCAAUUCGUUUUGGACGAAUGCCAAGAUCUGAGAAGGCAAAGUUGAAAGCAGAAAUUCUAACAGGUGAACAAGAUGUGGAAGAUUCAGAAAUGGCAGAUCUUAAAUCUCUCGCCAAGAGAAUCUAUGAGGCCUAUCUGAAAAACUUCAAUAUGAACAAGGUCAAAGCUAGAGUCAUCCUUGCAGGGAAAACCAAUAACAAUCCACCAUUUGUUAUACAUGACAUGGAAACACUCUGUAUGGCAGAGAAGACUCUGGUGGCAAAACUGGUAGCCAAUGGAAUCCAGAACAAGGAAGCAGAAGUUCGAAUCUUCCAUUGUUGCCAGUGUACAUCUGUAGAGACUGUAACAGAACUUACUGAAUUUGCCAAAUCUAUUCCUGGCUUCUCAAAUCUUGAUUUGAAUGAUCAGGUGACUCUGUUAAAAUAUGGAGUUUAUGAAGCCAUUUUUGCCAUGCUAGCUUCUGUAAUGAACAAAGAUGGGAUGCUGGUAGCCUAUGGAAACGGCUUUAUAACUCGAGAGUUCCUGAAAAGCCUAAGAAAGCCAUUUUGUGAUAUUAUGGAGCCGAAGUUUGAUUUUGCAAUGAAAUUCAAUGCACUGGAGCUGGAUGAUAGUGACAUAUCGCUUUUUGUAGCUGCUAUCAUUUGCUGUGGAGAUCGUCCUGGUCUUGUAAAUGUAGAAUACAUUGAAAAGAUGCAGGAGGGCAUUGUGCAUGUACUAAAACUUCACUUGCAAAACAACCAUCCUGAUGACAUCUUCCUCUUCCCAAAACUCCUCCAGAAAAUGGCUGACCUCCGACAGCUUGUCACAGAGCAUGCUCAGCUUGUUCAGAUAAUUAAAAAGACUGAAUCUGAUGCACUCUUGCAUCCUUUAUUACAAGAAAUCUACAGCGAUAUGUAUUAAGGGUUUUUUGUAAUUUUUUCCACGGUAUUUAAAACCAAGAGCAAUAUUAAUAAUAGAUGGGAGAAAAAUUACUUUGUACAAUUAUCUGCUAUGCUGAAUUCCAGAACAUGAAAAAUCUAAAUUGUAGAUAACUGGAAUGUCAUACUUCUUUUGUCGUGGGUUUUUUAAGUACUUUAUAGAAAUUACAUAGUGCUCAUGAAUUUGCUCAUAAGAAGCUUUGGUUAGUUUGAAAUUUGAGGGUUAGCGAGAAUGUGUAUGUACUGAACAAGUAGAUAUUUAACAAAUCUGAAUCUGUUAACUAACAAAUAGACCUUGAUUGAUCAAAAUUAUAUUCUGCAUUGGGCUAGUCAUUAAGCAUUAAUUUACCAGAUAGGGCAAAAUGUGUUCAAUAUACGUGCACUAUCUUCUAUAGAUUAUGUACUCUUGGUUUAAAUACUCUCCUGUUCAUUACUGAGAACCAACUAGCACUUUCAAAUUUUUUCUCAAACAGUAGUCAGGCUAGAUGUAUCAAGUGGCUGGGUAUAACUAUACAUGCACAGGUAUAUUUAUUUGAAAGAUAUAUUUACUUUGUUGCUGUCUGAAUUAUGAGAGGAAUGGUACUACUUAAGUAACUUUAGGAUUAGCCUUUUAAAAAAAGUCUUUAAAAAAAAGUUAAAGGAUUAUCAUAGUGUAACUCACAUAAUCACUUCCCUGCCACUGCAGGAGCCUUGGGCACUGGUGCACCUUGGUCCCUUCUAUUCUCUGCCUAUGGCACGUAAUAGUCUAGUCUCCCAUGGGAGGUAAUACCCAAUUAUCAAAAUUAGACCAACCAAAGUAUCAGUGUGUGGAUCCUGGGUCGUGCUGGUGUUCUCUGAUAUACAGGAGGUCAGACUAGUUGAUCUAGUGGUCCUUUCUGGCCGUAAACUGUAAGACUCUAUAAAAUACGUCAAAGAUAUCUUAGCAAGAUGCUUGUUGGUGAAUUGUACUUUACAAUGGGGGAAUGCUUUUUCAAAAGUGUUCUAAUGAAACUAGGCGAAAGUCCCUUUUGGGUGGAGAUGUAGUAUAUUGUGUGCAUCUUGGAGAAGUCUUAAUUGCUGAAGGUGAAAUUUUUACUUUAAAUGCCAUUUUGAAUUAGCAGGACUUGGGGAGUCACUCAGAAGUCUGAUUCUUGCCCUAAGGAAGCUGAAUUCCAGAUCUUCAGAAUACAAUAGCUUCAGGUGGUGGUCUACUCUGAAAAAUGAUUGUAUAAACAUGGCACCUUUAUUCUUAACAGAUCUGCACCCAAUAUGUAUUCAAAGUCAUACAUAUUUACUGUUCUGAUAAAAAAUAUUAAUUUACAUUCUCUGCCAAUCCAGCUGAGUGAAAUGCCUUCUGUUCCUCCUUAUACAUUGUCAACAGAACUAUUAACUAAAUCCAAACACACUAUAUUCUGCCCUCCUUUUACUCUAGCACACUGGAGACAAGUACAGAAAGCAGAAUUUGUAGACACUGAUUGCAUGGUUGUAAAGGAAGAGGGCACAGCUUGGAGAAAAUUGUUUCAUGAAUUGAGGGCAGAAUCUGAGCCACAGUGUAGUUCUUACUGGUGAUGUAAGCCAGAAUAACACAGCUUGAGUUUAUGUCCAUGUUGUCUGCAGGACUGGCCGUUAGAACAAUCAUGUUACAGUAAACUGAGCACAUUUAAUCUGAAAAUCAUUGAAACAUAAUAGACAUGGAACUCCAUCAUGCCACUUUUCAGAGACUACUGUAUAAAGAAUGAAAACAACUGCUAGCCAUGAGUUUCUUUUGGGAGUAACAUUUAAUAUAUUAAAGACAGUCUCCUGCUCUCUUAUCCUAUCUUUUCCUUUUUACCCCGAGAGUUUCUCUGUUGAUCUUUUUUUAUGGGGUGUUAAAACAAUGAUCUUGACAGCCAAUUUUGAUAAUACUUUACUUUCUGUGGCUGAAAAAGGGUCAGUUUUCAUGCCUGCUUUACUGUAGCCUCGUUUCAAGGCCUCAGAAUCAUAAAACUUCACUAACAGAAUCAACUUGGGAGUAAGGCUUGAUAAAUCCCAGAACACAGGACAGCGAUCUCUGUUUUCAUCAUAGAACUUGUUUCUGCUAGAGACUUGUUGGUACAGUUAGGCUUUUGUCAUUUGAGCUUUACAUAUUGAGUGAGAUUAGAGUGAUUUUUUUUUCAGCUUACACAUUGCAAGUGUUAAAAACAAAGUAUCUGUACUUCCAUCAGUGUGCUUAGAAUCUAUGCCAGUUUCUGUGCUUAUGUAACUUCUUAGGCACACACAGUUCAAACUGGUGCCUUGGUCUGGGGGAGGGGAAAAGUAAAGAAUGCAUAUACACAAAAUGAUGGCAUACAUGCUACCUUUCCUAUCCACCAUUUUUUCUUUUUUCACAACCAGCAGCAGUGAAAAGUAUGGCUAUAGGACACCUACCUUAUCUAUUCAAUUUGAUGAUAGAUUUUCAAGUUUUAUCAGAAAAUAGUGGAUUGAGAAAUGAUCUGCUUUUAUGUAUUAUUGCAGUACACUGUGACUCUUGAGAAAAAUGAGAGGAUUUCAGCAAUGGUACUUUCUGCUAUUAAAAAUGUUUCCCAUUGCCAACUGCAAAGUUCAUGAAUUAGAUGCUAAAAAAUUGAGGUUGGCUUAAAAACUAUAAGAUAUAUCACUGUCUUGGAUUUUGGAGCAGGAGGUGUUUUAGGGGCUUCUAGGUCACAUUUUCAAACUUUACUCCCAAGAAUGAGGGAUAGAAACUUAAAUGAAGGCUGAGAUUCUCACAUAAUCAUUUCUUUCCAGAAGAUGGGGCUUUAUAUAAAAUAUCAAAUAUUGCAAGACUCAUAAUGAAACCAUAAGAGUUGCCAGUAUUUGACUUCUCAAGUUAAGUAUGGACCUAAAUACUCUGGAUCUUUUAAAAUAUUUCAACUUCCUAUUAUUAUCUGUCCUUCUGGAAAUUUAAUUCAGACUUGUUCUGGGUUUAUUACAUUUCCAGUACACUGUCCCUGUUUGUUUCCAACUUUCAUAUAGGUUCAAAUUCUGGACCUUUGCACAGGCCUUAAAUAAACAAACCUUGCUCAGGUAAAUGUCCAUGGGAGUCAGGGAGGGCAGCAUUCUUAUCUUAUUGAGCAGCACCCAUUAUACCCACUUUUCUCCAUGCAGGUGAUUAGACUGGUGGAGCCACAUAAUCAUUGUAACACUGGCUAUACCCUUGCCCAUUCCCCACCAUUUCUACCACCAGCCACUAGUCUGUGCUGCUUUGGAGGAAGCCAGUGUGGAGUAAAGUUCAGUGCUGUCCAGAAUGCGUGCAGUACAGAAGAAUCACAGUGAUUCCACUGACUUUAAGUUGCUGUUCUUCCAUUGAAAGGGAGGUAGGUUUGGCCCAGAAUGAAUAACUGUUACAGUGAAUGAUGAAUUUUUGGUUUUGCCAUUUGGGAUAAAAUGUGAUGUUUUGUUGCCAGGAUGGUUGAGCAAGGACAGCACUUUCUAGAGAGAGAGACUUCAAUGCAGUGCUAGAAUUGACUCAGCAGGUAGAUGAUAUGCAUAUGGAGUUACUACUGUUUAUAAAGCUUAAAUUAAAGUAUUUGUUCCUCAGAACUCAAACCUUCAGAAUGCUUAUUCUGUAUGGGGAUGUGAUGCAGCUGACUCAGUUUUAGGUGCAUGCCUCGUGUUUGACUAAUAGUAGUCCCCAUAAUUAAGUCUUUGACCGUCAGCCAUUAUGAAUACCUGCUCUGUUAGGAGCCCUAACCGUUACUUCCUUGCUGCCUGGUAGUUAAGGAGACUUCUUUGUUUUGUCCACUCACCUCAUCUGCUGAAUGAAACCAUCUCAUUUUCCUUCAGUCUUUCAUAAACCUUGGUCUUCCUGGUGCCUCUUUAUCUGAUACUAAAUACAAAGGUGAAGCAGAACCUAUUAAACUCCCUAGUGCUCUUGUUUAGUUAAACAGCAGCUGUACACACCCCAUCUCCCCAGAUGAGGCAGUACACUGUCCCACCUCCACUUGUAUAUGCUAUGACUACAAGCAUCUGAGUAUGUCAGCACCCAUGUCUAUGUACUUUCACACUUAACACCAAUAGUGCUACCCCUACUGAUGGUCUCUACAGCUGUUGGCAUCGCUUUCAGCAUUCUUGAUGUAUGCAGCACCCACGUGUGUAACAGUGAACAGCACACUUGGUGUGAACCUGAUGACAGUGGUAGCAAUGGCACACAUCCAGAGCCUCUUUGCAGUUCAGCUAGGAUCUUUCUUUGUCAGCAAAGUUCCUGAUCUAGAAAUUCAUUCAUCAAACAUCUAAAAGUUUUUAAAUAGGAAAAGACAGCAGUCGCAUUUCAAGACCGGCUAAUGUUUUGACUAGUUUCCAUAACCAUUUGAAUUUUGAUGAGUGUUUUAAAGAGCUACAAUUAAAAUUAACAUUUAAAAUAUAUGCACAAAAAGUAUUUGUCUAGGGGUUACAGAAACUUGAACAAGAUGUUAACAGAUCCUAAAAUUCUGGGAGAUUCCACUGAGUGCACUACAGAGAUAACUAUACUGCCUCCAGAGAAUACAAGGCACAGAACAAUAAUCUCAACUGUAAAUUUAGCAUUGGUAUACAGAAUUUAUUUUAGCAUUAAAUUUUUCACAGAUUUAGCUCAGCUACCUCAACAGAUUAUCACAAUAGACACUAACAAAUUAGAUUUUCAAGAUGGCUGCUUUUGUGAAAGUUUACAGUUUGGACUAAGUGCUAACAGAUUCCUGAGCAACUUUCAUCAUGCACAAAGGAGUCAAAUCAUCCAACCUUCAGGGUUUU